UGGGACGUGUGGCCGACGGGAGGCAGCGGGCCUUUCUUGGCGCUGGGAAGCGGGAGGCGGCAGGAUGGUGAAGCUGACGGCGGAGCUGAUUGAGCAGGCGGCUCAGUACACCAACGCAGUGAGGGACCGCGAGCUGGACCUGCGGGGGUAUAAAAUUCCUGUAAUUGAAAAUCUUGGUGCUACCUUAGACCAGUUUGAUGCUAUUGAUUUUUCUGAUAAUGAAAUCAGAAAACUAGAUGGCUUCCCUCUGUUGAGAAGACUGAAAACAUUAUUAGUGAACAACAACCGAAUAUGCCGUAUAGGUGAAGGACUUGACCAGGCUCUGCCUUGUCUGACAGAACUCGUUCUCACCAACAACAGUCUUGUGGAACUGGGUGAUCUGGACCCUUUGGCAGCUCUCAAGUCACUGACUUAUCUAAGUAUUCUAAGAAAUCCUGUUACAAAUAAGAAGCAUUACAGACUGUAUGUAAUUUAUAAGGUUCCACAAGUCAGAGUACUGGAUUUCCAGAAAGUAAAACUAAAAGAGCGUCAGGAAGCAGAGAAAAUGUUCAAGGGCAAACGGGGUGCACAGCUUGCAAAGGAUAUUGCCAGGAGAAGCAAAACUUUUAAUCCAGGUGCUGGUUUGCCAACUGACAAAAAGAAAGGAGGGCCAUCUCCUGGGGACGUAGAAGCAAUCAAGAAUGCUAUAGCAAAUGCAUCAACUCUGGCCGAAGUGGAGAGGCUGAAAGGGUUGCUGCAGUCUGGUCAGAUACCUGGCAGAGAACGCAGAUCAGGGCCCGCUGAUGAUGGUGAAGAGGAGAUGGAAGAAGACACAGUCACAAACGGGUCUUAGGCAGUGGCCUGAGUAUCUUCAGGACAUGGAAUGAUGCCACCUGGGGACAAGUCUUACUUUUGAACAUGGAAUAAUAGCCUUGUUUGUGUCAGCAAAGUGGAAUUCUUAAGCAUUGUUGAAAUGCUUAAAACUGCUUCUGGUUGUUUUGUAAUGCAAAUCUUGAAAUCUAAAUGUCAGUUUUUCUACAAGUAGUAAAAAUAAAGGACACUUGCAGUGCUGCCAAAUUGCCUUUCA